GCUCUCAGUAAACACAAAUGCGAAGCGCUGCUGGAGCCAGGAUCAUUGUGAAACUGACUUCACCAGCAUUUUGUGCGUUAUGGAAGACAAAGACGAAGAUACAGACACUUUUGACCCCAACCUUCCUGAAGAGGGUCCGUCUGCUCCACCUCCAGGCUGGCUGGACAGUGUAACAGGCUACGAGGAACACACGGGCGGAGACGGUACAGAUCAAAUCUGUCCUCCUCCGCCAGACUUUGUCCCUAAGCCUGAAAAUGACAAGAAUGCCUCAGUUCCAAAUGUCAUGGUGCCCACUGUCUCAGAGGAUGUUGCAAGAGAUGCUCUACUCCAGUUUGUGGGUAAAAAAUGGACGUACAGCAGCAAACCUGCAAAAAAUCUGAUCUUCAAAGAGCUGAAGCCUUUUACAGUUUACCGUUACCGCUUGGAAACAUUCACAGAGUCCAGAUCAAGCGCCUGGGAAUCAGAGCCGCACACAGGUCAGUGUGUGGAUGGGCCUCAGAAUGGAGUGAGUCCUCCACCGUGGAACGUUCAGGUGUCUUACCCACCCAAAUUCACCAAUGCCGUUCAGAAAGUCAGGGUCCCGCACUCGUCAUUCUUAAAGCCUUGCCACCGUUGUCAUGGUAACGGCAAAGUGAGGUGUACCCACUGCCGAGGACGAGGACUGACUCGCUGUAUGUUCUGUCAUGGCUCUGGUCACAGUCGUAACCGACGGUGUACAACCUGCCACGGAAGAGGGAGAAAAAGGUGUGUUUCUUGUCAUGGAAAGGGUUACAAAGGCUGUCUCACGUGUAACGGUUACAGAAACCUUGUGCAUUUCAUACAGCUCACAGUUACAUGGUGUGAGACAGAUGUUUUUAGCCUAAGUCACAAUGCGUUUUGGCAGGUUUAUCCGAUAGAGGGCUUUCCUGACCAGGACAUCUGCUAUGCCUCAAAAGGAGCGAUUCAGAAUCACCUGCUAAAAUAUUCUGCUGUGAGCCGCAUCCUGCAGCAGCGUCAAAUGAUCGAGCUGGUUCCGCUCACUCAUGUAUAUUACGCUUACAGUGGGAAAGACUAUGAUUACUUUGUUUUUGGGCGAGAAAACAAAGUUCACACUACCAUAUACCCUUCUUCCUGUAGCAUUUUGUAAUUUGUUUUGUGUCUUAACUGAUUUUGCAAUAAUUCAUACCUUUUUUCAUAAGAUUUAAAUACAGUAUAUACAGUGUGUAUUUAUAAUGUAAUAUGUAGAUUAACUGUAAAUUUCUAUGGAAAUUAA